CACCUGCCCACCAUCUCUCUUUUGUUUCGCCCUAAUUCGCAUCUUUCUUUCUUCAAUUAAAAGAAAAGAAGAUUAAAAGAACGAUGGCAGCCGCUCCGGAUCUUGUUUUGGAUCCCAGUCUGCGAGAUUGGGUGCUUUUCCCGAUUCUGUUGGUCAUGAUUUUAGUCGGUAUCCUUCGACAUUACGUUACCCAGCUGCUGCAGAGUACACCCAAGCAGCAGGAUCUACUAGCUAUUCGCGAGCAACAAGCACUUACUCGCGGAGCAACCCUUCGCGCCAACGGCAAAUUCAUCCCCCAAUACUCCUUCCUCUCCCGCAAGCAGUACCUGACGCAGGCGUUCAAAGAGGGCGAGUUUCUCAAGGACAAAGAAUCGUUUCUCAACAAGGAUGAGCCGAAAGCGCCUGCGAAUCCGCUCGCGGAGCCGGGUGGAAUGGAUCAGAUGAUGAAUAUGCUGAAGGGAAACAUGGUGAUGAUUGUGCCGCAGACUUUGCUUAUGAGUUGGAUCAAUUUCUUUUUCAGCGGGUUUAUCUUAAUGAAACUGCCCUUCCCUCUGACCAUCAGAUUCAAAUCAAUCCUGCAAUCCGGCGUCAUGACCCGCGACCUCGACGUCAGAUGGGUCUCCUCGAUCUCCUGGUACUUCCUCUGCCUCUUCGGUCUCCGCUCCGUGUACGAUAUCAUCCUCGGCAGCAACAACUCCGCCGGCGGUGGAAUGGACAUGGGAGGCAUGGGCAUGGGCAUGCCUGGCGGCGGCGGCGGCGGGCUGCCGGGUAUGCAGCCGGGGCAGGAUGUGUACAAGUUGCAUUGCAGUGAGGCCGAGAAUAUCGAGUUGGCGAGCCAUGAGUAUCUGCUUGAUGAGAUCGAAGAUCGUCUGCUGCUCAAGUACGAGAUGUACUAGAUCUGUCUGGUAGACUAAAGAAAUAAAAACUGUACUAUACUAUUACAAUUCUAGAUACUAUAAAAAUGACAAAUUAUUUAUGAAUAUAUA